CCUUUAAAACUUCGAAGGCCAGACGGCGCGCGGCUGUGACGUCAUUUCCUCGAGCCAACAUGGCGGGGUCGCUGGGUGGAAGCCUGAUGGAAGUUUGUGUAUUUGAGCGGGAAGCCGUCCAAGGGUUCCGAGAGGUCCAAAUCAAAAUUGCUUCGGCGGCUGCUCCGGGAGCAGUGAAAUUUGCGGACUCUGCCGGAGCGUUCCACUACGACGGCGGCGGCGGGAACCUGAAUUCGGUCACCAGCAACAGAUUCAUCACGUGGAGCGCGUCGGGCGACGCGGUGGAGCUGGUGGAGCGUUGGUUGGACGGCAACCUACUGAACAACGCCGUUCGACUGCGCUUCGCUCACUGCCGCGUGGUGCCGGGGGGCGUCGCCGUCGCCGAGACCCCCGACGGCGUCGUCGUCCUCGUCGCCACCGAUCGGAGCGUUCAUAGGGUGCCGCUGCCGCACCCGAAGCGCAUGUAUCGCAGCGAUGUGGCGACGGAGCUCCACAUGCAGUCGGUGUUGACGGACGUAGCCAGCCUGAACCUGGAGGACUCGCUUCACGCCGCCGCCAUCCCCGCCGCGUUCACCCCCGCCGGCGGUGCCGCCGUCGCGUGGCUGACGCCGGAGGGGGACGCGCACUACGCCUUGGCGUCGCCCACGGGGGGCGUGGUGGUUGUCACGCUACCCGCAAACGCGCUGCAAGGGGGCGUGUCCGUGUCGGAGCUGAAGAGGAGUUCCGUGAUGCGGCGGUUGUCUGGGUGGAUCCCGAGCGCCAUGCGCGGCGACCGCAGCGCUUCGGACUGCGUGGCGAGCGUGGCAGCGCGGGCGCUGGACGACGACUCGCUGGUGGUGGCCGUGUGUCACGACCACAAACUGCGCGUGUGGUCCCUCAAGGAUGAGGUGUGCGUGUUGGAGGCGGACAUGUUGGACUACGUGCCGCUGUCGGCGGGCGUGAAGCGAGGGGGCGCGGCGGGCUCGGGCCACCGCGUGCGCCUGACCUCUUGCGCGGCGUCCGGUCUGCGGCUGGCCGUGUACGUGGCGGCGCCCCGCGGAGGCCAGUUCGUGGUGCUGCAGCUGCUGGCCGCGGACGGCGAGCGCUUCGGCCUGGAGCGCGUCUCGUCGCUCUUCUCCGCUCAGGAGAAUCUGGUGGACUUUGCGCUGACCUCCGCUGACCUUUGGGCGCUGUGGCUGGACGACGCCAACAACAACGUCGUCAAAUACGUCAACUUUGAACAGAAUGAAUCGGGCCAGUGGAAUGAGGUGUUUGUUCAGCCGCCUCCCGAAGAGGAAGUCCACAUCGCCGAGGACCGCGACCCACGUGAAACCUACUUGGACGCCAUCUUCUCUCCGCUUCGUUUCACGCCGGCGGCCGUCGUCAAAGCUCUGCAGAUCUUCCGCCGAGGUCCGAGCGUCCUCCCCGACGUGUCCUGGGAGGGACUGAAGAAGGAAGUCACGCUGGCCGUCCAGAACGAGCUCCAGAGCAGCGUGACGGAGUUUGAGUUUUCCCAGGAGGAGUAUCGCCACCUUCAGGUGGAGUUCUGGUCCAAGUUGUACGCGUGCUGCCUCCAGUACCAGGAGGUUCUGGCCACGCCCCUGGCCAUCAGCGUCAGUCCUCGCAGUCACAUGGCGUGCCUGCUCAAGAAGGGUUUCGUUUCCUUCCUGCUGCCGUGUUUCGCCGUGGACCAUCUCUACCUGACGUCCGACGACUUUUUCCCGUCCGGAGACGACACUCUGCUCGCUGAGGAGUCGUCGUUGAGCGCCGACGUGGCCGCGCUGUUGUCGUGUUUGCGUCUGCUGAGGGGCGGCGUGUCCUUCGAGAUGGCGGACCACAUCGAGAAAGCGCUCCGAUACGCCGAGUCGCCCGAGACCACCGCCAACAUCAUCUUGGACAAAAUGUUGGCGCACGACAAUCAAAAUCUGAUGGAGCAGAUUGAGUGCAAACUGCAGGACGUUCGCAACCUGACGGCGGCCGUGUCGGUUAUGCUGAGGGAGGUGGACCUGGAGACGGAUCUGGAGUUCGGAGAAGGUCCCGUCUCACCGGGUGCGAGCGUGAGCGUGCGCCAGUUGUACUCCAGCGCCACCGCCGUGUCGCUGGUGUGCCAAGCGCUGAGUCACAUGAGCAGAACUCGGAUGCUGCUCUGCAGGGACAUGCUCCUCCUCCUCAAGAUCUCCCUUCGCCACGAACAAUCCGUGUUGUCGGGCGGAGGCUCGCAGCUGCUUCAGAUCCAGCAGGAAGCCGUCGUGCGCACGUCUCAGCUCUUGUCGUCGUACUUCCUGCUCGAGCACGUCAGCCGGAGCGUCAACGUGCCGGUCGCCGACGACGCCAUAGACGCCAACCUGCAGCAGCUCAACGCCUUGCACCUGAACGACGCCCCCGCGCUCACCAACUACAACGCAGGGGUCGGCUGCCAGUCGGCGGUGGAGAUGUUCUACCAGAGCAGCGGCCGCAAGCUGAUCAUCCGCCACCUGUUCUCCCAGAGCGCCGUCGUCAACUGGAGCGACACGAUGGCGAACGUGGUCCAGCUGCUCGCUCAGCUGCUCUGGCCCGGCAACCCGACGUUCCACUUCCCGGAAUGCCUCAUGGCCAACUGCCAGUACACGCAGUUGCAGGACUACGUGCGUCUGAUCAGUCCGUGGUGUCAGGUGAACGCUGGCUCCUGUCGUUUCAUGUUAGCUCAAUGCUACCUGGCCAGCGGCGAGGGUCACAAGGCCCUGCAGUGUUUCCUGGAAGCCGUCACUGAGGUAGAGCAGGAAGAAUUUCUCAUGAGGCUGACCGGCGCCGAGGACGCCCGAGCGGCUGAAGCCCCGUCCAGGCCCGUGCUGCAUUACUACAACAAGGUGCUGCGUCUGCUGGAGGACGUUGGCCUGCCGGAACUCGUGAUCCAGUUAGCGACGUUAGCGUUGGUGGAGGCUGCCGACGAUGUCAGCAGUCAGGCGGCCUUGUGGACCAGAAUCUUCAAGCAUCACCUGGACCUGGGACACAACACUGAAGCUUACCAGGCUUUGAUUCAGAACCCGGACUCCAGCACGCAGCUGGACUGCCUCCGGCAGCUGGUGGUGGUUCUGUGCGAAAGAGCUCAGCUUCACGACCUGGUCCACUUCCCUUACUUCAACCUGCACGACGAGGUGGUGGCAAUCGUCGAAUCGCGGGCCAGGGCCGUCGACCUCCUCAGGCACAACUACUACGAGCUCCUGUACGCCUUCCACAUCUGCAGGCACAACUACAGGAAAGCGGGUACGGUGAUGCUGGAGCUGGCGCUGCGUCUGAGUCGCGAGGUGGGUUCCGUGCGCAGCCUGAAGAAGCAGGUGAACUGCUUCCUCGCCGCCAUCAACUGCAUGCGCCUCAUCAGACCCGAGUACGCGUGGAUGGUUCUGCCCGUCCCGCAGUCUGAGCGUCCGGGAGCGUCUCCCAAACGGAAUUUGGACGGAGACUUUGUGGCCCCCCCAGUUAAGCGGCAGGUGGAAAUUCUGGAGCUGGCCGACCUGGAGAGAGAACUCACGACGGCCGAGUGUCGACUGGCGCUGGCGCAGCAUCGGCCGCGGGCCGGCGCCGCGGCAGGCGCCGCGGACCCGCGCGAGCUGCUGCGCCUCCUGCUGGACGCCGGCCUGUUCAUGUGCGCUCGGCGGCUGUGCGACGUCUCCCGGCUGCCGCUGGGAUCCCUGUUCGAUGCCCUGACCUUCAGGUGCAUCAAGCUCCAGUUCGGCGGGGAGGAGGCUCAAAACGAGGCGUGGCUGUGGCUGGCGGCCAAUCAGCUGCCGUCCGUGGUCAACACCAAAGAGUGCAGCGCGGCGGACGAGGCCUGGCGUCUCCUGUCCUGGUUCCUUUCGGAGUUCCCGACGGACGGCGCCCUUCACCGGCGCCAAGUUCUGGUGCAGCUGCUGUCGCACGGCGUGCCGGCGCCCGAUUGGCUGCUCAAGUCCUACAAAGAGGUGGACCCGCCGGCUUUGCUGCGGCUCUAUUUGAACUUUGACCUGCUGGACGCCGCCGCCGAUCUGGUGAUGGAGUACGUGGACGCGCUGCUGGGUCGCGGACACUCACGCUUUGGCGUCAAGGCGCCGCUGUCGGCGUGCAGUCCUAGCGUGUGGCUGCCGUACACGGCCAUCGAUCAGCUGAUGGCGACGCUCAAGAACGCGCAGAGCAACCGAGCCCUUUACGAUAAACUGCGGGACAAACUGGCCGCCUACCACAAGACGGUGGAGCAGACCACCAAGAUUCGACUCGCCAGUCGUUAAUUUCACAUGUAAAUUUUUGUUUUUUAUGGCAGAUGCUGAGAAAUAAAGUUUGGUUGUGAUAAGUA